CAGUCAAUAAGGAAGUUCAUCCGAUGUAUGAGGACCGACAUCAACCUGCUCCGGUCCGUCUCCUCUCCUCUCACCGUAAACCCUGCUCAAAAAAACACCCCCCACCGAUUUCACAACACAGGAAGACGAACAGCUCUCCCGUUGCUAUGGCGAUGUCAACAUUUCAGAAGGUGACCCUAGCGACGUGUCUCUUGCUGUGCGUCGCUCUGCUGCUUCCAAAAAUGCUGUUAUCCCGGGGAAGGAAGGAUGCUGCUGACGGUUCAGGUCACCUCCCUCCCAUGAUGCACCGUCAGCUGGCUCCUGACGGUCGAGGACAAAAGGCGGCAGGCUCCGGUUUCUCCAGAGCUCAUAACACCGAGGCCAUCGCCAGGGCCAAGGGAGCAGGAACGGGGGCCGGAACCGGGGGCAAAUCCAACCUGGCAGGACAGAUCAUCCCUGUGUACGGCUUCGGGAUCUUACUCUACAUCCUCUACAUCCUGUUCAAGAUCACAUCGAAGGGGAACAACAAACCGUGUGAGAGCAGAUUUCCUUCAGUGCGCUCGGAGAACACGAAGAGAAAGAUCACUGACUUCGAGCUGGCUCAGCUUCAGGACAGACUUCAGGAAACCGAGCUGGUGAUGGAGAAUAUCGUCUCCAACGUCCAGCACAGCCCUGACAGGGUGAAGGGUGUCAUGGCGGAUCAGGAGGAGAGCCUCCUGCAGCAGCUGACAGAGAUCACUCGGGUGAUGCAGGAGGGAAAGAUGGUAGAUGACGUGGCACCACAGAAGAAGAACCAGGACGACUGGGAAGGCUCUACAGAUUAUGGCGAGGAGCCUCAGCAGUACUGGGAUCACUCCGACUGCUGCUGUCAGCAUCAGCACAGUCCACGGCCGGAGAGCGACGCUGAGAGGACUCGAGCUGACGGAGCCGAGCGGGAUAACGUCUCUGAGGACGUCGCACGACGAGGAGAGGCAGAAGAGUCAGAGAAUGUGAAGGAAGAAGCGGUGAAAGAAUCCGAUGUUGCCGUGAUGGAGGAGGAUGUGGCUCCAGAGAGUUGUUUAAGUGAAAGUUUAGACCUGCACGAACACACUGAGAGAGGUGGGGGUCAGAUCGAUCUGGGUGUCGAGGAGGAGGACCUGGUUGGAGUCCUGCAGGAGCUGGAGAUCUCCCUGAAGAUGACGACUGUGAUGGAGCAGGAGAAGAUGGAGGACCUGAGCAAGUCGAGGGACACGGAAACGUCCGGCAGCGCGGUCAGACGGAGGAACAGGAGGAGGAGAGCCAAGAAGGCCUCGCUCUGAUUUAAACAUGGCUGCUUAUAAACUCUCGAGUCCGGCGUUUGAGAAGACAGCUUGUUUUAUUUAUUUUUCUCAGCCUUGUUUGUUUCUAUUUCAAACAAUCAAUUAAUCUUUAUUUGUACAGUGCCAAGUUAUAACGAAUUAUCUCAAGGCGCUUUACACAAAGCAGGUAAAAGACCUUACUCAUCGUUAUGUUACAAAAGAAAUGGGAUGGGGGGAGACGGGAUAAUAUGCAGGAAGGAUUUCUCCUUUGUAUUCCUCUGGUUCAUGUUGUCCACACUUCCUUGCCGCUGAGGUGGAGGUCGGAGCAGGCCGUGUGUGAAUGAAGACGGCCGUGGUUGUGUGGACGACAGUCUGAUGGUGGAGGCUGGGCAUCAGGGACGUCGAGUGGCGGUAGAGCCCGAUCACCUCUUUGAAGUGAAUAAGAGAAGAUGUGACCACAGUGA